GGGUUGGCAGAUCCAAGCCGCAUCAACGACCUUGGCUGGACUGAUGCACAUCACGUAGCAUAUGGGUGGCCUAUCCAAGCGGCGCAUGGGACGACUUUCUCGAUACCUCCUGAAAAGCACCAUAUGUCGUCAUUCAAUCAAGUCACCGACGAGUUCCUUUGUUUGCGAAAUGACUUUGGGCAGACGGCACUGCAUUUAGCAGUGCGACAGGACCACGACGAGCUUGUCUCCUUCCUUAUCUUGACGAGAAAACUACCAUGCCUGGAUGUGGGGAAUGGAGACGGAGAUACACCGCUGCACUAUGCAGCUGCAUGGGGACGCAGGGAGAGCGCUCGGUUGCUGAUUCAAGGGGGUGCAGAUCCGUCCAUCCUAAACAAUCAAGCCAAAACUCCCAUGGAUGAUGCACUCUCAUUUGGCCAUCCAGACAUUUGGUCCAUCAUGUCCCAGGAAAAGAUGCCUCAGCAUGCAAAGUCGAUAGAGUUAUGA